GGGUUGGAAACCCCAUUUAUAUCUCCUCGACUAACCAUUAGGGACAAAAUACUCCUAGGCCUCGUGGAGAAUCCGUGGAGGUGCACGAAAUCAUUAAACUGAGUUGAGCCGACUCUUUCAUUGGCUCCGGGAGGAGUAUCCGCGGAUGCUCCGACAGGGCUCGGAAGGUCAAAAUCCUGUCCUUCACUGAUAAAUGAACACACGAGGCCCGGACAACGACCGAAAGAAAGAUAAUCUCGCCCUAUUCUGGGGAAGAAUAUCCUACCCCUAUUUGGUAAAUAUGGUUCUUAUCUUUUGUUAUUUGCUCUUGCUGUGUCAUAUCUAUAUAUCACGUGACCACAUAACUUCAUCCAUUGGCGGAAAACGACGGACUCACGAGGUCAAUCGACAACUCACGAUAUGAAGCGCAGAACUGCGUCAGAAGUUCUUGACAGACCUCAAAAACGUGCCACAAGGCAGGAUCCAGUAUCCUGCGAAUCCUGCAGACGCAAAAAACUCAAAUGCAACCGACAGCAGCCAUGUAGCAGUUGUGUCACCCGGAGGCUGCAGUGCAGCUACGGCAUUGCGCCGUCUAUGGCGGAUAUCCAGAGAGUGGGAUCAGAAGUUGCGAACCGAAGGAGAACAAACUUAUCGUUUCAACAUGAUACGCUUGAACUGCAGGGCACAUGCAAUGCGGAUGCACACCCCAUGGCAGACUCUCCGCCGUCGUAUCGCAAUCGAGAGUCACUAAGGACAGCGGACUGGCUGGAGAACAUCCACAUGGGGGACCGAGUUCCAACAGCGACUCCAAAGUUGUUACGAGAUGAGCUCAACGAACUAAGAAACAAAGACGAUCUUAUUUCGUUGGGAACAUUGUUACCGAAUUCCUGCCGUAACUGGACUGCUUCCCGAGAGAACCCUGCGACAAUUGACCUGUUGUCUUUUCUACCCCAAAAACAUGAAUCUAUGGCACUGUUUCGAUACUACACCAAUUAUGUCGACUACCUGUACCACAUAAUAUUUCCCAAACGCGUGGAGGAUCAGAUAUAUGGGAUUUACCAGGCCAUUGAGGGAGGGCAGCCGCCUAAUUUGAGCCAUCUGGCCCUCCUCUUCAGUAUUGCUGCUAGUUCGCUCUUUCUGCAGUUAUCGGUGGAGUCAUCCAUUUAUGCGGAGGUUUGCAGUCGUGAGUUUUCAUUCUUGACUGGCGCUGCUUUGAUCCAAAGUAGCUAUCCCGUAAAUCCGACGACCGAGGGGCUACAAGCAGCAAUGGUUAUCAUGCAUCACGCAUCUAAUAUAAGUUGCCACCCAUCUGUCAGUGGCCUCUUUGUCCACGGCGCCAUUGUCAGUCACGCAAAGAACCUCAAGUUGCACUGUAUCGACUCUCCACGAUGCCGCGAGGAAAGGGCGGCUAAUCCAAUCGACGCGGUGGAGCUGGAAACAAAAAGGCGGCUUUGGUGGGACAUUGCGUCUUAUGACUGGUUUCUUGGAUUUCUGAGCGGCCCACAAGAAUGGACGUAUCUGGUCAACCCCGAACAUAUGAAGGUAGACCAGCCACUCAACUUAGACGAUGAGGUAAUUGAAGGAAAUGACAAAGUAUCGCAACCGACCUCGACGCCAACAGACAUGUCAUUUUCUCUCGAGCGACUCAAACUCGGCAUUGUAUGUCGUAAAGUUAUUGACUCUACAUCUUACGAACACCUGAAUGGGCUAGAAAUCAGCUACGAUAAGAUCCUUGAGCUGGAUCGUAAGUUUCACCAAGGCCUUGCAGAGAUCCCGGAAUUCUUCCGCCUGGAUCCAGCCUCCAGGCGUCGAUUCACCUCUCUGUACCAAAGCCGCCCAUCCAUUGCCUGGCAACGGUGCCUCCUGCAACAAGGGUACUUCUCACGCUUGUGCCGACUGCAUCGACAAUUUUUAAUCCGGGGAGCUCGCGAACCAGCUUAUUCUUAUUCCCAUAUCGUCUGCCUUCAAUCGGCACGGAAGGUAUUAGAGAUCAAAAGAAUCAUGGACGAAGACGAACCAAAGUUUACUCCUCCAAGUUCAGUGGUUUGGUCUGUUAUGCAUCAUGUUUUUAUGGCUGCUGUGAUCCUGCUACUAGACAUGUGUUUCAAUUGGGACGAUAUUCUUGCUGAGAAGCGAAAGGAGGAAGUCCUUGACGCCUGCCGCAUGCUUAGUAACGCCCAGCUGUCGUCCUCACUGGUGAAAGAAGGUAUCAAUGCUAUGAUGGGUGUGCUACAAAAGCACUGGAAACAUGGCAAGCUGGCCACUUCCACUGGACAGUUGAACCAUACAUCCGACCCCAACUACACGCCAGCGACUACGGUAGAAUUGGGAACUCCGGCAGGUUUUUCGGAUGAUGUAGCUGAUACUAACGAAAGGCAACUGGAGGAUAUAUGGUCUGAAAUGCUCGACAACAGUGCUAAUCUGGCCAUGGAAGAUACUGAUUGGACGGGAUUGUUGACCGAGUUGACUAAUGCUACCAUGCCUUGUGGCUGACCCUUAAAACGAACAGCCAAAGAUUUUAUGUACUUC